AUGCAAAAGGUGGAACGUAAAAGACAAGAAGAAUGUCGUAGUAAUGCGGAUGCGUUCUUAGCUCGGAUGGCCGCUGGCGAAGCUGAUGCGGUUAAUUUGAAGAGGCAUACCGACAAAGAUUUAGAUGAUGAUUCGAUAAAGAAGGUGCGUAUCGAUGAAGAUGUACCGGAAGAGGACGGAGACGAUGACAAAAAUAAAAUCGGUGUUGGAUCACUUCAGCGGAAUGUCAUCCACUCGUUGGCCACUGAGGGAAAUUGCUCUCAUGAA